AUUUCUUUGAUAUGUAGCUGUUAUCACUAUGUAGUUGCAUAUGCAUAUGUUGUCGUGACAUGCACAGAAAUUGUGAAAAUAAAAGCGCGAAGGAUAUUUGUCCCAUUGUAUUACCGUAUUUGUACUCGGCUGUGAUGGCCUUCCAUACACGGCUAUUGUCGUCCGCCGACGCUGUUGUCGACAACGAGCUCGCGAACGCGCAUCACCAGAUUCCAGCCGACUUACGACUCAGCGGCUGCUGCCAGCGCGGACACAGAGACUUGCAUCAGCACCGAAGGGCAGGAUGAAUAUGAACAGGGGAAUGCUGUGUGUGACUUUGCUUUAUCUCGAUUAUUAUUGUCGGCUGCUAAGCCACUUUCUCCGACCAGCGACAGCAACGCCAGCGGAAAUCCCUUUCCGCCAGGCUUCCCGUCCCAGGCUAACCAGGACGCUGCGUUUUUUAACGGCCUCGAUGCCUCCUCGUCGAAGCAGCUCGCCGCCAUCGCCGCCGCUGCGAAUGCUCGUCGCGCCCACGCCCAGGCAACAGCGGGCGGGCCAACCUCGGCUAACUACAUCGGAGGAAUAGCCCCAUCUCAGCUCCCAGUCCGUGCAGAUCAACUUCAGUCCUUCUCACCCACCGCCAGCGUCCAUCAGCCGUCCUUUCCCCCCACGGGUCUCGCCCCCUCCAUUCCACCCAACAUGCAGCCCAACAUGGCGCCACAGCCCAACCUCCUCGCACAACGCCAGCAGAUAUCGCCACAACAGGCUGCAGCCAUCUCCAAGAAUCGUAAAAUGAGUUUUCUUCAGGGACUUAGCAGAAUAAUGGCCUCCCGGAACGCCCCUCUUCCGAGCAGUAUAUCGGGUGUCGAGGCAGCGUAUGACCCCAACACAUCACCAUGGAGGGACUUUGAACCUGCGUCAGAACUAGGCGGAGUCAAGCUCGCGGGUAAAGAUAUUGAUCUAUAUAAGCUAUGGUGUUUAGUUUUUUCGGCCGGAGGAGCCGGCAGGGUGCAGCAACAGGGUGCUUGGACCAACAUAGCCCAACAGUUUGAUUUACCGCAACAGCUCCCGCAUCCGCAGGAGGACGGGAAUACGUUAACAGCUGUAGCUCUUGCCAAGCUUUAUAUCAAAGUCCUCGGAGCCUUCGAGGAAUUCUACUAUAGAGGCAUGUCCGACACGCAGCGGCAGGCCAUGGCUCAGCAGGGAAGACUUCCAAUUCCUGCUUCCUCCCUUCACGGACAUAACAUCUCUCCUCCCGGCUCGGCGGGCAACUUGGCCCAGAACCAGCCUUCUGCGGGUGCGGAUGCAACCGCACAUCCUCCUUCCUUUGGCGUCACUUCUUCAGAGAAUGAACUUGAUGCAGAAGCAAGGAAACGGAAGGUAGAAGAAAGCGCGGGAAGCAAUGACGAUAACAACGGCAAACGAAGAAAAACAGAUUCCGGAUCUCCUGAAUUAUCGACCAACACUUCUGAAACCGCACCACAUCCUCGAAUGUCUGCCCCACCUACCUCAAACACGCGAGUAAAGGCGAGGCGGAAAAUAGAAUAUUUACCUCUUUCCCGGGAGAUUGAAACGGCAGGUGGACGAGACGUCUCCGCGAUUCAAAAUGAGUUACAACGUCUGACACGCGGACAACACCUGCGUGAUAUCCACGAUUGGGGAAAGGUUCAUGUUGAGGCCUUGCUCAUGUCCAUCCGCUCACGUCUCUCAGUUGAGCUUUCCUAUGGUCUCACGACACUUGUUAUCCUUUCAACAAUGCGGAGUCAGGGCCAUGACACUGGAUUUUUAAUAACUCAAUGCGGAGAUCUGCUGGACGAGGUCCUGGAUUUACUUCAAGACCUGUCUUUUCCGAAUGGAACGGACGUUGAUACUCGUUCGGGCAAUGACGAAGUUAUCACGAAUCGUCGUUUAGUCGGGUUGGCUCACGAGGAGGUCUCAACCCCAUUUGCCGCGGAGAAGAAACAAAGCGACUAUGAUCCCAGUAUACAAGGGCCUAUGCAACGGCGCGCAGACCUCAUUCGCUUAAUCUUGAAUAUCCUGCGGAACCUAAGCGCGGUUACCGAUAACCAAGCAUUUAUGGCACACCAUCCACUCCUUGUCGACCUCCUUCUACGACUUACGUCAAUGCAAAUAUCAGAAGGGCACCCCCCAGCUGCGGCUUCUGAUGCAUUAUUGUUGCCCGACCUUAUUGUAGUCAGAAAAGAUGUUCUCAACAUCUUGGUAAAUCUUGGUAGAGUCAUUGCCCUAGCACCCGCAUCAUCACAUACAGACACGUCACCGUCGAGUGCGGCACCAGAACGGAGAGCUCGACUUAUCUUUGAACUCGUCUCCUCAUAUCUGAUCGAUCCAAGUGAAGCUGUUGGUCCGUUCACAUGGGUGGUACAAUCUGGCGCUCCGAUGACUCCAUCGACUCGAGCGCCCCUCUUACCGGAUGCCGCACUAGAAGUUUUCACUCAAAUUAGCCACCCAGAUGUGAAUCGCAAGGUUAUCUCUCGUGCGGUCCCACUGCGGCAACAAUGGAGCUUAUUUGAGGCGCUAGUCUACCGCUUACCGAGUUCAGAUAACGAUUACAAAGUCCUGAUGACUCGUGAGGAGUCGUGGAUUAGCUAUCUCGAGAAACUCGUCCUGGGCUUGUAUUCGCUCGCGUUCUUAAUGCCGCCGGAGUUGAAGAAACGCGUGAAGGAGGAUCGUGGGCUAAGCUUCCCGAAAGUCAUGAUGCGCUUCGUUAAGAAAAUCAUGACUGGCGGUCCGCAACAGAUGGACUUCCGAAUGCACUUUGCGACUUGUGCCCGUAGGUCGGUCGAGACAAUGAAAGUGAUUGAUGACGGAGAGGACUCGUUCAACGUUGAUCAGCCGAGUAUAGCUCCGCUUUCAUUUGGUGUAGGCUAUGGUGAGGCUGCAGAUAGCAAGGUGGAAAAGGGCGAUGGACUAUUAGGUGGUCAUGAGGACGAGCUAUUGUGGUCUGUCAUGCUUCAGCGCGAGGUGGACGAGGUGAUGUUCUCAGAGCUGGAGAGUCUUGCACGUGUCGAGAAGGAGAUCCGUGUACAUUAAUACGUCGAAUACCUGUCUUCUUGUUUUUUUAUCGCUUUCGAAGGAUCAUUAGUAGUGUAUGUUAUGUAUUGUGGCCCUCGGUUCCAUGUCUUUUAUAAAAUACAUUGUGUUGACCAGACCUGGUUAAUCAAAUUUCC